ACUUCCUAGCAACGCAACAAACAGAGCCACUCUGUUCAAACAGAGUUCACAUAAUAUUCACUCACUCUCUUUCCUUUCUUCAACUUCCUCUCCAAAUCCAUGCUUCCAAGUGUAGAAACCUCUGCACUAUUUGCUAUACCAUCAUGUUCUGUUGCUAUUGACAAGUUUAUAUUCCCCUUCGAGUGAGUCAGACAACCCACGUUGUUUCUCUCUCUAUUAACCCUUCAUAAAUGGACUCGUUCAGUUUCAACAACCUCCAAGCAGAGAAAGCCAAUGCAAUCCUAAAACACCGCAAGCUUCGAAGGGUCGCAAGCUUCAUUCGAAUCAUUGAAGUGUGUACCAUUUUGGUCUUCAUUUCAAGGUUCUCCAUGCAGCUACCAGUAGCAGUAAAAAACUCCAGCGUGUACUUCAAGGACUUGUCACUCUUCAUGAACAGCCCCCGCUUUGUUUUCCUCAUCGGAAAUGUCAUAAUCAUCGCACUCUUUGCUCAGUUCUCUGCUCAGGGUAACAACGUUCCAGAGCCUGAUCUUUACCAGGAGUUCGUUCAGAACACCACAAAAAAUCACAGACACACAGAAACAGUUGUGGCAGAAUAUAGCAAGAAAAAACAGAGGAUGAAAACAGGGCAAGUGAAUAAUGGUUUGAAGAAAGGUUAUAGAAGGUGUGAGACAGAGAUUUUAUGCCAAAAACAUAGUCGUGUGUUGCGCAGGUGUGAGACUGAGAAUGGAAGGAAAAGCAUUGAACCCGCUCCUGUUGAAGAAGUGGCGCGAAUUUCGUGCCCUGAAGAUGGGAUGAGCAACGAGGAGUUUCGUCGCACUGUGGAGGCUUUCAUUGCUAGGCAACAGAGGAUGAGAAAAGAAGAAGAAGAUUAUUAUUUAAUGUGAAAAAAUAUAUCUGUGUAAAAAGAGCGUAGAUAAAGUAUUAAAAUAAAAAAUAAACAAAAUGUAUCAAAUGGGUUGUGAAUCGUAGUGUGAACAAGGGUGCAAUUUGAGUAUUGUCUCUUCUAUGUUAUGUCAUCAUCGAGGUAUUCUGAUUCUGAUUCUUUACAUGUUAGAAUAGCAUGCAGCUGAGGGAACUUCCCGGAGGCAUAAGACAUAAUAGAUGCUAUUCUCUGGUUUCGACUAAUAAUAUGCAUUCAAAUU